UCGAGGCCCUUUAAUUUGCAACACCAUUGCAUCCAAAUCAAAUUGGUAGAGCAAUCGGAAAAUUCUUUCAUCCGGUGAGCCUUUUUCCUCACGUGUGAUGCACAUAUGGCUUUUUUAGUUCUCCAAACUCGAUCGGGUACGAUUUCGACGCAAGAAUAAACCCCAACCUCCGCCCCCCCUGCCCCCUUUUUUUUUUUUUGAGAGAUAAAUAUCUUGUUAAAAUCCUUUUUUUUCCCCCGAUCCCAUUUCCUUUUUCUCCUUCUCCCCUCCCGGCAACCGAGACCGCCGCCAGCUCUCUCCUGUGCUUCUCUUUCUCUCCCCUUUCUGUUUCUCUCACCAUGAAGCCCUUGAAGCGGAUCAAAACCCUCGCUUCCUCCAAUCCCCACGCUCUCCCUCCCCUCUCCUCUUUCUUCUCCUCCUCUCCCCCUAGCCAAAAAUCCCUUCUACCGUCUCACCCAUCGCAGAACCCUAAUCGAACCCACCAAUCCCCUCCCCAAUCCCCCAUUCCUCCUUCAAGAUCCCACCUUUAUGCCUCCUUUUUCUGCUCCCUGAUCGAAACCUACGUCUCCUGCUCCCAAUUCUCCAACGCAAUCACCGCCUUCCACCACAUGAGAACCCUCGGUCUCAACCCUACCCUUCAUUCAUGGAAUCGCCUCCUCUUCCGGUUCAACUCAGCGGGUUUAGUCUCUCGGGUACCGCUCCUCUACUCGGACCUCCUCCAUUGCCGCAGAAAACCCAAUCUUUUCACUCACAACAUCGUCAUUCACGCCUUGUGCAAAAUGGGCAUGCUCGAAACGGCCUUGAAUAUGCUCCGAACCGUUGAAGCUGAUACUGUGAGUUACAACACCGUAAUCUGGGGGUUCUGCGAACAAGAAAUGGCCAAAAUGGCGAUUGGGCUUUUGUCGGAGAUGUUAAAGAGGGGAUUUCAAUUUGAUACUGUUAGUUGUAAUACUUUAGUUAAGGGAUUGUGCCAGAAAGGUUUUUUAGAUGAUGCUGAAUCAUUGAUGGAGAUGUUGGUACGAGGAGGGAUCAGUAGGGAUCUUGUCGGGUUUAAUACUCUAAUUGAUGGGUACUGUAAACUUGGAACUAUGAGUGGGGCUACUCAGCUGGUGGACAGAAUGAGAGGCGACAAUAUAUCACCAGAUAUCGUCAGUUACAACACUCUGAUCAAUGGGUUUUGUAGAAUUGGGGAGUUUGGGAUGGCGAAGAAUCAGAUGGAUGAGGAAAGGCCGGAUUUUGAGCCAAAUGUUAUAACACACACAGCUUUCAUUGGAGCUUAUUGCAAAAGAAAAGGGCUGGAAGAAGCAUUUCUGUUGUAUGAAGAUAUGGUGAAGGGUGGGAUCUUGCCAGAUGUGGUUACUUAUAGUUCUCUGAUAAAUGGCCUUUGCAAGAAUGGUAAAUUAUCUGAAGGGCAUGCACUUUUGAGGGAAAUGGAGAAAAUGGGAAUUGCGCCAAAUCAUGUCACCUAUUGUAAUCUAAUUGAUUCGUUAUAUAAAGCUGGAAAAGGUUGGGAGGCGUCUAUGCUUCAAGGUGAAAUGGUUGUUCGUGGUGUUGUCAUGGAUUUGGUCUUGUACACUGCUCUAAUGGAUGGACUUUUCAAAACUGGAAAAGUUGAUGAAGCAGAGGAUGUGUUUCAGCUCAUUUCAUCACUUAAUCUCAUCCCAAAUCAUGUUGUUUAUUCAGCAUUGAUUGAUGGGCGUUGCAAGGCAGGAAAUAUGAAGAGUGCAGAAUUAGCACUUCUGGAAAUGCAGACAGAGUCACUGAAUACAAAUGUCAUAACUUACUCUUCUAUCAUCAAUGGCUAUACCAGAAAGGGAAUGCUCAUAGAGGCGGCUGAUGUUAUGAGGAGGAUGAAGGAAAGGAACAUCCCUCCCAAUGACGUGACAUAUGGAACUCUUAUUGAUGGCUUCUUCAAGAUGGGAAAACAAGAUGCAGCUUUUGAAAUGUACAAAGAUAUGACAAAAGAAGGCUUGGAAGUUAACAACUAUGUCCUUGAUGCAUUGGUGAAUGGGUUGAGGAAGAAUGGGAAAAUGGAGGCAGCAGAGAGUUUGUUCAAAGAUAUGAUGCAAAGGGGUGUUUUGGUGGACCGUGUUAAUUACACCUCUCUAAUGGAUGGCCUUUUCAAAGCCGGGAACAUUGCUGCUGCUUUCAGAGUUGGUCAAGAAUUGAUGGAGAGAAAUCUAGUCCCAGAUGUUGUUGUCUAUAAUGUCUUUAUUAAUUGUCUUUGCAUGCUUGGCAAGUCUGGAGAAGCAAAAUCUUUUUUCACUGAGAUGAAAAAUAUGGGCUUAACUCCUGAUCACGUGACAUACAAUACCAUUAUUAGUGCGCACUGCAGGGAAGGAUUGAUAGACAAGGCUCUUGAACUCUGUUGUGAAAUGAGGAAUGGCGGUCUCAUGCCUAAUCUCAUCACUUAUAAUACCUUGAUCAGAGGUCUCUGUGAGGUUGGGAAUGUUGAGAAGGCAAUGGAUUUAUUGAAUGAAAUGGCUCUUGCUGGAUUUCGCCCAAAUGCUUCUACUCAUAGGAAAGUGUUGAAAGCAUGUUCCAGGCAAAAGAGGGGGGAUUUGCUUUUGCAAAUGCAUGGAAGGAUGACAACAAUGGGAUUACGCUCUGAUAUAAGUGUUUACAAUACGCUAAUUCAUAUUUUGUGUACACUUGGGAUGACAAGGAAAGCUGCUGGUGUUUUGAAGGAUAUGUUGGGAAGAGGAAUAGCAGCAAAUACAGUUACUUUUAAUAUUCUUAUACUUGGACAUUGUAAGAGUGGCCAUCUAGAUAAAGCCUUUGCUACAUAUUCUCAGAUGCUACAUGGAGGUGUUUUGCCAAACAUCGCAACUUAUAACACUCUGUUAGGUGGUCUUUCAUAUGCUGGAAGGAUUGGAGAAGCAGACAAACUAAUCAAUGAGAUGCAGAAAAGGGGACUAACUCCCAACAAUCUUACUUAUGACAUACUAGUUUCAGGCCAUGGAAAGCAAGGAAACCAGAAGGAAUAUGUAAGGCUAUACUGGGACAUGGUGAUGAAAGGCUUUAUUCCGAAAGUUAGCACAUAUAAUGUGCUUAUCAGUGAUUUUGCCAAGGUGGGAAUGAUGAAACAAGCUAAAGAGUUGUUUAAUGACAUGCAGAAAAGAGACAUCUUGCCUAAUUCUUCAACAUAUGAUGUACUGAUCAGUGGGUGGUCAAAGCUAACAAAUGGAGCUGAAGUGAAAAGGCUUCUGAAAGAGAUGAAUGAAAGAGGCUUUUCUCCUUGUGAAAGUACGCUUCGUUUUAUCAGUAAAGCCUUUGCAAGACCAGGGAAAAAGUGGCUGGCUCACAUGUUAUUAAAAAAGAUAUAUAAAACUUAAGAUGAUUAAACUAAGAGUUCCUUGCCAAUUCAAGUACUAAAGGCUGGACUAGACUGAGACAAGUUGUGAUCUGAGUGCCAAUUUCGACUGCAAUUAGCAGAAAAGCUAUCAUGAUGGCUGUGUUCCAUACAUCACCUGGUCCUCAUAUUGACUAUCCUGCAAUCAUUUUCUUCAGCUAUUCAAUCGGGUGUCAGAAACGUUGAGCUCCCAAAUUUCUUCUGCCACACAGGCUUGGUUCUUGCUUCACAAAGUUCAGUAGCGGCUAUGUGAACAUUGACAUAUUAACAAGAUGUCCUUGAUAGGUUUAUGCCACUUAUUUCCUAGCCACACAAUUCAAUUGGGCCGCAAACUUUUAUAUUGUUUAGUUCACAAGUUAUUAUUAUUAUUUUUUGAACUACGUGCAUCCAUGUGUCUCGAAGUUGCUCCUUGUGGAAAGAGAUUUGUCCGUGGACCCUUGAGGUUAUUAUCUAGAUGAGAUGGCUUGUGGGGGAUGGCCAAUCCAUCAACAUCCCGUUGAAUCCAUGGAUUGCUGAUCUGUCAUUGAGCCGAUGGUCGACUUUCAUCAGCAUGGAGGUUGGAAACUCAAUGAGGAUAUGGGAUAUGCUCAUUCAGGAUGGCAGAGGUUGGGAUACAGGGGGGCGGUUGCCCAAUUGUUUGGCGACCACUUGGCAGAGCGCGUGUUCUUUUUGCCGAUCCUUACCUAGAGCACAUUUGGAGAUCUUGUACUCCAAGGGCAGUGACAGUCGACCUCUACCGUCUGUAUUAGAGGGAGCCCACUAGAUGGUUGGAUAGUGGGUCGAUUUGAAGGAUCGGAGUGCAGCCAAGGGUGAGUCUUUUCAUCUGGAAAGUCGCCAGAGGGCGGCUUCGGACUAGGUCCGUCCUAAGGGAGAGAGUUAUAGAUCUCCAGCAUGUUUGCCUAGUUUGUGGCAUGAAAGAUGAAACUGUUGAGCAUGUGCUCUUUUUGUGUCCGAGAGCUUCUUAGGUGCGGCGCCCGGCAAGUAUGCAUAGCCUUGCCCCUUGAAUGGGGAUUCCAUUUUAGGCUUUUUUGGAUCUGCUGAGAUGAUAUACGUGGGCUACUGUGUUAAGGAUAGUUGGCAUUAGAACAGUUUAUAUUGCUCAUCAGAUCUGGUUGUUCAUGAACAUCCUGGUGUUUCAUGUUAGGAGGCAUCUAGCGAGAUUCAUCAUGGAGAGAGCUUUAUCCUUGAUAGCUGAGGUGACUGAUGUGAUUUUGAGACCUUCAGAGAUCUGGAGCCCCCACCUUGCUCAUGUAGUAACCCAUAGGAUGUUCAUCGCUUGGGAGCCCCCUCCGAUGUAUCUCAAGGUCAAUUUCGAUGACAGUGUUCGGGGCAGAAGUGGAGGUGCUGGUUUCAUGAUCUAUGAUGCUGCUUUCAGACUUGUAGCGAUUGGGGGUACUCUCAUGAGCACUCGAUUCCUGUUGCGGAGCUUCGGACAGCGUGGGCUAGGAUCACUUAUACUCGUUGGACCCUUUGUGCCUACCAUCUGAUUAGUGACGGAGACUUGGCUACGGUGAUUUUUUGGAUCUAGGGGAGUGUGCAAGGUGAUGCUACCCAUCUUUUUCUAUGGGACAUAAUGACCUCACUGAUAUGCUUUGCGGACUUUUUCUAUCAGGCACAUCUUUCGGGAUGAGAACUCGAUAGUUGACUGGGUGGCUGGUUUUAUCGUGGAGCACUUUGGACUGUCACUAUGGAUUGACGUGAGCAAGAUCCUAAUAUCACUCAAGAGAGGAGUCCACGAAGAGUCGAAAGCACGGGAGAGGAGUCCAGUGGUGUUUUGAGAAUUUGCUCUGACAUUUAGCGGGUCAAAUUACUUUGACUUGAAGUUGGUUGAUACCAUUUUAAAACAAGGAAAGUUUAGCGAUGUGCUACAGCACUGCAAUCCCCGCCGAGUAUCAUUACCCAAGCAGCAGUGGUGUUUGGUCCUUAAAAAAUGUUGCCGAGUUUGGACUCGAUUGAAUCAAAGCAGCAACAUAACCUGCAUCAUCUCCCCUGUUGUGAUUGUCGGCAACUUUUUAUUUAUCAUUAAACAAAUGACUUCAAUUGUUUGGAUUAAUUGCAUUAAGAAAUAUCAGCGGAUUUUAUACUUUUA